AUAAAAAUCACCUUCUCCGCCUCUAAUUUAACCAGUUAACCUAAUACCUCGCUUGUCUCCAUCUCAUGCUCUGCUUUUCCAAGAUACAGAGCAUGGCGUCUCUCUCAUUUUUCUUUUUGCUUCUCUCUUUCUUUGUUUUUGCAGAUGCAACAGGUAAAAUUGGAGUCAACUAUGGCAGAAUAGCCAAUAACUUACCCACACCGGAAAAAGUGGUGGAGCUUUUGAAGUCACAAGGGAUCAACCGAGCCAAGCUAUAUGAUACUGAUUCUACCGUUUUAACAGCUCUCGCCAACUCAGGGAUAAGCGUCGUCGUUGCUCUUCCCAACGAGCUCCUUGCCUCUACUGCCGCCGAUCAGUCAUUUGCAGAUAAAUGGGUUCAAGCAAAUAUUUCUCAGUAUUAUCCACAAACACAAAUAGAAGCCAUUGCUGUUGGUAAUGAGGUUUUUGUUGACCCCAAUAACACAACCAAAUUUCUCGUACCCGCCAUGAAAAACGUUUAUAACUCUCUUGUUAAGUUUAAUCAUUCUUCUAUUAAAAUCUCGUCUCCUAUAGCUCUUAGUGCUCUACAGAGUUCUUACCCGUCUUCAGCCGGGUCGUUCAAACCCGAUUUGGUUCCUGUAAUGAAACCCAUGUUGGAGUUCCUGCGUCAAUCCGGAUCGUAUCUUAUGAUUAAUGCGUACCCUUUUUUCGCUUACUCUGCUAACUCAAAAGAAAUCUCUUUAGAUUAUGCUCUGUUUAAAGAGAACCCAGGUGUUGUGGAUUCAGGUAGCGGAUUAAAAUACAAUAGCCUUUUGGAAGCCCAACUCGACGCUGUUUUUGCUGCCAUGUCUGCUAUUCAAUACAGCGACGUAAAGAUGGUGGUGACUGAAACCGGGUGGCCUUCAAUGGGAGACGAGGACGAGAUUGGUGCAGGAGAGGAAAAUGCGGCGUCAUAUAAUGGAAAUUUAGUGAAGAGAGUCUUGACAGGCAAUGGGACCCCUUUGAGACCACAGGACCCACUUAACGUUUACUUAUUUGCCUUGUUUAAUGAAAACCAGAAACCGGGUCCCACAUCAGAGAGGAAUUAUGGGUUGUUUUACCCUAACGAACAGAAAGUAUACGACAUACCACUAACACAGAAAGAGUUAGUGAAUAGCCAAUCAACGCCGGUGAGCGGGAACAAGAGUCAAGUUCCGGUGACCGGAGAAGUGUCUAAGACUUCGGUGGGCCAGACUUGGUGUGUAGCCAAUGGAAAUUCUGGAAAAGAGAGGCUACAAGCAGGGCUAGAUUAUGCCUGCGGAGAUGGAGCUGCAGAUUGCCGUCCGAUCCAAGAAGGUGCGACGUGUUAUAAUCCAAAUACAUUGGAGGCCCACGCUUCGUAUGCUUUUAACAGUUAUUAUCAAAAGAAAGCCCGUGCUGCUGGCACGUGUUCUUUUGGUGGUGCAGCUUAUGUGGUCACGCAACCUCCUAGAUAUGGGAACUGUGAGUUUCCUACUGGAUACUGAUUGGACAAUAAAUACAAGUGAUUAGCGAAAUAUCAGCUGCAGAUUUGCUAUAUUUAUUUUUUAUUAUUUUUUUACUACUAGAUAUUAUAUGGAAAUUAGGAAGUAUUUCUUAUUUUCAUUUUUUUUUUCAUACAUGUUUAUUAUUAUUAGUAUAUAAAUAAUAAUUCUUAUAUAGUCAUGAUGAGUAGUUGUGAUUAUUAUGAGUUGGUUUGACAA